CUGUUCCUCACGAUGAGGAUAUACCUACCGCUGGCUCUGGUAGCUUUGCUUCACUCAAUCAUCGUGGAUGUCGGGGCUUCUUCGUCGUCACAUACUAUUGCCAAACGCAAUUACGAUGCGUAUGAAUAUUUCGUUCUUGAACACGAUCCGUCUGUUCCGUUACGUGACGUUCUUGAUGCUUUGAGGCUAGAGUUGGUAGAGCAGGCUGGGCAGCUACGAGAUCAUUGGCUUGUUCGUAGGCAACGGCAAUCUGUAGAAGAAGAUCAACGGAGGCAGAAACGGGACGUACUUGACGCGCUCGUUCGCAAACGAUCUGUACAUGACCUCGAGCCUGAAGUCGCACGAGCUUCAAAGGCUGUCAAACAUCUUGCGCUGCAGACUCUCCGCAAACGCGUUAAACGAGAUGACAGUAAUUUCGUAUCGCGUCAGACUGUCGACUGGCUCAAUAUGUCUUCAAGUGCUGUUGCUGAACGAGAAGGGAUAGUAGAUCCUAUCUUCGGAGACCAGUGGCAUUUGGUUAACGAUGACAACCCCGUACAUAUGGUGAACGUCGCUCCAGUGUGGGAUAUGGGUAUCACAGGUCAUGGUGUUACUUCUGCUAUGGUAGACGAUGGGUUAGAUUAUGAGAGUGACGACUUGGCAGCUAAUUUCGACCCGGUUAACUCUUAUGACUUCAACUUGCACGUCCCUUUACCGAAACCUGUCUUAUUUGAUGAUCAUCAUGGGACACGAUGUGCAGGACAGAUUGCUGCGGUGAAGAAUGAUGUGUGUGGCGUUGGAAUCGCUUAUUCUUCCAAAGUUGCAGGGGUCAGGAUAUUGUCUGGACCGAUCUCGGAUGUCGACGAGGCUGCUGCGCUCAACUAUGGAUUCCAAAACACGUCUAUAUACAGUUGUAGCUGGGGACCAUCAGACGACGGUCGAUCAAUGGAGGGUCCGAGUUUUCUUAUACAGAAAGCUGUAGUUAAUGGUAUCGUUAAUGGGCGUGGUGGCAAGGGCUCUGUUUUUGUUUUCGCAAGUGGGAAUGGCGGGGCGCAGGGUGACCAGUGUAACUUUGAUGGAUAUACCAACUCGAUAUACUCUGUAACUGUCGCUGCUAUUGACUAUAAGGGUCUUCAUCCAUAUUACUCAGAGGCUUGUGCAGCAAAUAUGGUUGUUACCUACAGCUCUGGUAGUGGGAAACAUAUUGUAACAACAGACGUAGGGAAAGACAAGUGCUCGCAUAGUCAUGGCGGUACAUCCGCUGCAGCGCCUAACGCCGUUGGAAUAUUUGCUCUGGCUCUGUCUGUGAGGCCUGAUCUCACCUGGAGAGACAUUCAAUACCUCUGUGUACACACCGCCAAGAUGAUCAAUGAGGAUGACCCUGAUUGGGAAGACACAUCAGCUGGGAGGCGCUUCAGCUACAAAUACGGUUAUGGAAGUCUAGACGCAUACGCCUUCGUAACGGCAGCACGAAGUUGGAAUCUCGUAAAGCCGCAGACAUGGUUACAUACGACACCAAUACAACUAAAUAACGGGACUAUGACACUCGAAGGGAAGAUGAGUGGCGGAGAACCGCUUGGUCCUGGCGGUGUCACGAGCAAGACUACGAUCUCGGCGGAUAUGUUGCAAGAGACUAAUUUUGAAAUGUUGGAACAUAUCACGGUUAAGGUCUGGAUUCAACACACGAGGAGAGGCGAUGUUGAGGUUGAGGUUGUUAGUCCUAAUGGGAUAAAGAGUGUCCUCGCUGCGAGACGGAAAUACGACGCGGAUAAGGACGGUUACCCGGGUUGGACAUUCAUGACAGUCAAGCACUGGGAGGAAAACCCAGUUGGUGAUUGGACCAUCCGGAUUUCCGAUCAAAAUUCCGAAGACCAGAAUGGAAGCUUCUUAGGAUGGCAAAUGACACUUUGGGGCUCAACAAAGGAUGCUUCGAAAGCACGGACGUUCGUGCUCUCAGACCCUGAGACACCAUUCCCACCUCCAGCGGAUCCAAAUGACAUUCCCCCACCUUCACCAAGUGCGACAAUCAGCAAGGUUCACCCGAAACCGACAGAGCAUCUUCCGGGCGAUCACGGCAGCGCAGAGGGCGAAGCUAGCAAACCGGCAUUCUCAAGUGCGCAGAAUGACGCUGCAGAGGCGACUACAACUGCAGCCGCGGGAAGUGAGUCAAUGGCACCUACGGCGGACGAAGGUUGGUUCCCUGGCAUGUACAACCUCGUCAAGAACUCCAAAUGGGUGUUUGGCGCGGUUGGUGCGGUCAUUAUUUGUGGUGCUGCUGGCGGGGCUUUCUUCCUAUGGCGUCGACGCGCUGCACGUCGAGCACAGUACAGGAGUGUCGCAGGCGAUGAAGUGUCUAUGCGCACAAUUGACGGAAGAGGUAGGAGGCCUGCAGGCACGAAAGAGUUGUACGACGCUUUUGGAGAGGUUUCAGAUGAUGAAUAUGCGGAUGAAGAGACUGGUUUGCGACAGCCUUUAGCUCAACAUCAGGAGUUAGGGUUUCAUUCGGGAUUUUUGGAUGAUGAGGAGAGACCUCAACCACUUUAUUCCGACGUACCUUCUGAAUUAGAGAGGGAGGGCGAGGGCUCGGGAAGCGCUGAGCGCUCGAAAAGUCCUUCCAGUGCGGACGGAAGCUGGGAACACGCGGAUCCAUCAUAAUUAAUCAUUUCGGACAUGGAGAUAGAUACAACUUGUAUAUUUUGCACUACAAUCAAAA